UUCAGGGCAGCGCAGUUUUAGACAUUUUAUAGUAAUAUCUGUAUCUGUGCGGUUAAGCUUUUUUUCAGGCUUUCUCGCAUAAAUAAUUUGUUCCGUUUGGUUUAUUUUGAAUGAAAAUAUAAACAUCUACUUUUAUUAAAGACGUUGAUUUGAUUCACUGUGCUCAAUAAACAUCCGAGAGCUUUUGCAACGAGAUCUUUCAGGACACCAUAAAAUUUCUAAAUACGUCUUACAAGCUUACACGAAAUCAUGGGAAUGUCUCGGUGUUAUUCGUUAAUGAAAUGCUUGCUUAUUCUAUUCAACAUCAUCUUCUUGUGCGUGGGUGGCGGGGCCAGCGCCUUCGCGGCUUGGGCGCUAUGGGACGGCCGGGCCAGUGAGAGCUCUGAGGGCCGCGCGGGGCUCUGCGCCCUGCUGGCCUGGAGCACCGUGUUGCUGCUGGGAGCCCUAGCCGCGUUGGCGGGCUGCGGUAGAAGCUCGUCAUCGCUCCUCGCAGCAGCAUUCGCUCUUCUGGCGUUGAGUGCAGUUGCGGAGGCUGCGGCUGCGUGGUGGGGCGCUGCCCAUCUGCCUCAACUCCAGCAUGCUUUGCUCCAAAGGCUGGAGCAUACGGUGCGAGUGGAUUAUGGAGUUCUGCCAGCGCGGACGAGUGUGAUUGAUUCUAUUCAGCAAGGGUUGGAGUGUUGUGGUGCGGAGGGCCCCCGCGACUGGCAGGACUCCGCGUGGUCUCGCUCGCAGGCCCGCGCUGGCGGGGAGCUGGUCGGGGACUCCGCCCCGGCCGCGGAGGCGCGCUCUGAUACCCUGGAUCUGUCCGUGUCUGCGCCCACGGCUUACUACUGGGUGCCUUCAUCUUGCUGCUCUUCCGAGCUGUCGGAGGAGCAGUGCGAGCGGGCGCGGCGCGCGGCGGCGGCGGCGGCGCCGGGCGGCGGCGUGCGCGGCGCGGGCUGCGGCGCGCGCGUGCUGGCGGCGCUGUGGGCGCGCGCGCGCGGCCCGCUGCUGGCGGCCGCCGCGCUGCUGGCCGCGCACGCGCUGGCGCUGCUGCUGGCGCUGGCGCUGUGUCUGCGCGCGCAGCCGCACCACAGGUACAAGGCCUAA